AUGCUUCUCAACGACAUCCAACUCACCGGUUUGGUCCUGUUUCCUGUUGCACUUUUGGGAACAUUUUUCAAUUGGACAGCGGUGUUUGUGUUGCACAAGUUGCCUUCGUUCAAACAUGCUUUUGGGUAUCUUUCUUCAAGUCAAGCGGUCGCUGAUGCAAUUCAUUCGACAUUUUUCAUGCUUUACUUUUGCCCAAUGGUUAUUACAGGCAGCGAGUUUCUAACCGAGUACUCUGAGCACUGCGGAUUCAUUCUCCUUUUCAGUUAUGAACUUUCCGUUCAAAUUCAUCUCGUAAUUUCCUUGAACAGAUUCUUCGCCGUGUGGACUCCAUAUCGUUACAAAACAAUGUUUAGUGAAAGAAACACAAAAAUAAUAAUAUUUCUCAUCUUUAUUCUCACUCUCGGAUUCUCAUUUUCUUUUUAUGAAGUGUUGUGCUCUCUGGAAUAUAAUUUGAAAACUGGGUUCUUCUUCUUCACCGAUACUCCACUAUGUAAUACUAUUGGCUGGUACGCAGAUUUUUGUAAAUACUUUACCAUCAUAGUUUGCAUUGUAUUGAUAGACAUUGCAACUUUGUGGAAAGUGCGAAGUAUUAAUAAAAAGGUACACACAAGUGUCAAUUCACAAACCCACCGAAAAAUGUCUGCUCGUGAAAUCAACUUUCUGAAGCAAACUAUUUUUCAAGGAUUUAUUUUUACUCUAGAACUUGUGUCUUACUUCAUCCUUCCUGCUCAUCUCACAAACAAAUGGGCUAUCUUUUUCGCCACGUCAUUUGCCUGGGUAGCUGUGCAUGCACUCGACGGAUUCAUUAUAAUGGUGUUCAAUCCGGAUGUUAAACGUUACCUAUUCUCUUGUGGCCAUGCGACUCUGCACACAAGUCAAGGAUCUUAUAUUUCGCGUCCACAGGACAUUUCAUCGAAUAAAUUUUAA